AUGCGUGAAGAGCUCGAAGCGCUCGAAGACAACGGCGUGUGGCGCUUGAUCAAGCGGCCAUCCGGAAGCAACACACUACACACCAAGUGGGUAUUCAAGACGAAGACCGACGCGCACGGCUACCUCGAGCGACUUGUCGCGUGA